AUGGCGGGGUUAACUGAGGGAAGGUCAUACUGUAGGCAAUUGUUUGAUGAGAUAUUUGAUUUUAGUGAAGAUGAUAGUUUAUUCGCUGAAGAUGUGGAGAAAGAUGAAUUAGCUAGUGAUCAAGAUAUGAACGAAGGAGGCAUUGGAGCAGUAGCAAACACUGAUGCUAUUGAAGAGGGUCCUCUAACAGGGAUGCUAUUUCCUUAUAUUAGCACUAUGUUCAACUUUUAUAAAGAACAUGCUAGAUUGAAAGGCUUUAGUAUUUUCAAAAGAUCAGCAGUUAAUGUAUGGGGUGGAUCUCGUAAAUAUCAAAUAAUUAGUUGCGAUAAAGGAAGGAAAGCAAUUGCUGCGAAAUCAUCAAAGAGGAUAAAUUGUCCUGCAAAGAUUAAUGCAAUCCUAAGAGAAAAUGGAAUGUGGCAAAUUUCAAAAGUUAUUUCAAGUCACAAUCAUGAAUUGGAACCUUCUAUGUCUAGAUUGAUGGUUGCUCACAGGUCACUGAAUAUGGAUAUAAAGAGGAGAUUGGAGGCAAAUGAUAUAGCUGGCGUAAGACCUGCAAAAAGCAUUAGGUUGCUAGACUUCAAGCGGCUUUCAAAUGUUCUAUGGGUUCAUCCUCGUAGUCAAGCUGCUUACGAGGAAUUCCAUGAUGUUAUCAAUUUUGACACUACUUACCUUGUUAAUCGAUACAAGUUGCCAUUUGCCACCAUUGUUGGACUUGAAGCAAUGGGAGAUGUUCAUCCUAAUUCUAUUCUUACAGAUCAAUGUGAGAGCAUGAGGAAAGCCAUUAGGGAGGUAAUGCCUAAUACUAAACACAGAUUUUGCUUAUGGCAUAUAUUAUGCAAAGUACCGGAGAAGUUUAGGGGUGUUAUUGAUUAUGACAGCGCAUGCCUUGAGUUUAAAGCUGCAAUAUAUGAUAGCUUAACCAUUGAGAUGUUUGAGAGAAAUUGGAAUGAGUUUGUGGUGAAGCAUGGGUUGGAAAGAAAUGAAUGGCUUUCCAAACUAUAUGUUGAUAGGGAGUAUUGGGUUCCAAUUUAUCUCAAUCACACAUUUUGGGCUGGAAUGGUUUCAACUCAAAGGAGUGAGAGCAUGCAUGCCCAUUGUGAUGGGUAUGUUAACUCAAUGAGCACACUAAAACAAUUUGUGGAGCAGUAUGAGAUUGCUAUGUGUGACAAGAUUGAAAAGGAGUUCUAUGCUGAUUUCAAAUAA